AUGUACAUCUAUUUUGGCUGGAUGCAUUAUGAUCCUUAUGCUAUCUACAAGGCAUUUUACCUCGUAGCGGAGACGGAACUUAAGUUUGGAACUCAGUUAACAAGGUCGAUGAUUCAAAUUAUCCCACCACAGCCCGCACGAACACCAGUUGCUAUUAUUGGAACAUUGUUUGCCGGUGUAGGACUUUAUGACGCCCUCAACGAUGCUGACGUUGAGGUCCAAAGACUCCUUUUCCAUAAUGAAGACAUGUCUCGUAAAACGUCUGGUGGAAUACCUAUUAAUGAUGAUAAUGAUUUGACAAUUAUGCAUGUGCAAAUUAAAAACAAAAUGCUUACCUUCCGCGUUGCUACAAUGACCCGCGUGGGUGAAAACCCGAUUUUUCUAAGCUCCAUAAUAGACCAAGAAAACCUUUUCACAAAAAUUAUGGAGAUUUCAUGGACAAAAUUGGAAAAUCAAGUCAUUCAAGCAUGCAAGUUUGUGAAGAUUUCGAAUCUCGUUCCCAUUGACAACGCCGCUCAAAAACUCUCUGACCUUUCCGAAGAGAGCUCAUAUCGGGAUGUGAUACUUUUCCAAUUUACCAACACUAUCAACACCAUAUUGAUCCACGCUUAUGUUGCAAAUUGUACUCGCAACUACGAUGUUAUCACUAUUCCAAAAUCCAAACUUAUGGUUCUGAAAAUGACCAAAUGCCGUAUUGAUAUUGAUGACAAAUACCGCACAAGCUUUUCGACUGGCGGAUUAAGCGAAAAUAAGACCUAUGAAAUGAUAAUGAAGAAUGGUGGCUAUUAUGCCUAUAGCUGGCGCGUAGGUUGGCCGAUUUUUGCUUAUAUGCUCCAGGACUUGUCAAAUGAGGGUGAUACAAAAGUAUUGAUGUAG